AGAAAUAAGCCAGCAGCAUUUGUAUACUUACAAUUAAUAUAAAUGGAAUGUGGUUUAUGACUAGACGGAUUAAAGACCUUGUGUGCUUCAAACCGCUUGUGCUGCUGAGUUGAUACUGCAGCCUAAAAAAUGUAUACGUUGCCUGGGGCUACUCCAGAACUCGGCAUGGUGUGGAUGGGUGCUGAGCACUUUAUGAUGGAAGAUAGUCCUUUCUAUGCUACUGGACAUUCUAAUCAAUCCUUAGAUGAUGUGGUCAGUCGCACAAAUCCUAUGGAAAUAGAUACAUACAGCAUGUUGGAUUAUACAGAAACAUCUCAAAAUUAUGAUAACAAAAUUCAAGAUUCCGAAGAAAAUUAUAAAGUCGAUGAGGUGAUUUGUGAUGAAAUUGAAAAUGGCAAUGCUCCUAUGACACAAAGUAUGGGUACUCAAACUGCCCAAGCAACCAGUAGAAAAAUUAAACCUGUUAAACACCCUGGCCUUGUUUUGAAAACUCCUAUAGCAUAUCAACGAGAUACAGAUCCCAGUGUUAUACCUAUUCAAAAGGACGGCAUGGCCAUUUGUGAAAAAUGUGGAGCUAUUGGAGUAAAGCAUGCUUUUUACACACGUGAAAGAAGAUUUUGUAGUCUUGCCUGCGCAAGAGUUUAUAGUGGGCUUGAUCCAGAACCUAGUACACAUAUAAUACAAAAUACAAACAAUAUGCAGUCAUUGACAAGCAAAUCUCAAAUUAAGCAAGAAAAUUCCUCGGAAGCAAAUGAAGACGAAUUUCAAACAAGUAAUUUAGAUUCUUUCUUAGAUAUAAAACCAAUAGCUAAUCCAAAUUAUAAAUUCAAAAUGGAAUGUGAAGAUGAUUUUUCAAAUGUUAUACUACCAGAAAAAUUUCCACAACUUGCUUCUGCUCCAGAAAUAUCGCAAUUAGAUGAAACAGCUCAAUCAGUGCGCAGAAAAUCAUCAGAGUUUUCUAAUUCUUAUGAUUGGACUUCACAGUUAAAUGAUCUCAACUUUAUGGCAGCACCCGUGACUUGUUUUAAACAUGCACCGGUUUAUGAAAUUUGGGGAAACAUUACAGUUGGUAUGAAAGUGGAAGUUGAAAAUACUGAUUGUGACAAUAUUUCAGAUAAUCUGCCUGAUUCUUUUUGGGUUGCUACUGUUUUGAGAAUUAUUGGAUAUAAAGCUUUGAUGCGUUAUGAAGGUUUUGCAAAUAAUGAUACCAAAGAUUUUUGGGUAAAUUUAUGUACUGCUGAGGUUCACCCUGUUGGUUGGUGUGCAACCAGAGGAAAACCAUUAAUUCCUCCAAAAACAAUACAAAACAAAUAUAAUGACUGGAAAGAGUUCUUGGUCAAAAGAUUAACUGGAGCUCGGACAUUACCAUCGACAUUUUACAAUAAAGUUAGUGAUAGCUUAAAGUCACGUUUUCAUUGUGGAUUAAAUUUAGAGGUUGUCGACAAGAAUCGAAUAUCACAAGUUAAAGUUGCUGUUGUACGUAAUAUAAUUGGCAAACGUUUACAUGUUUGUUAUUAUGACAGCACACCAGAAGAUAAUGGUUUUUGGUGUCAUGAAGAUUCUCCUUUAAUACAUCCUGUAGGAUGGGCUAAGAAAGUUGGCCAUAACAUAGAUGCACCAAUGAGUUACUUACUUCGUGUAAAUAGUGGUAUUUUAAAUGAUGAAGAUGCUCCUGAAGAAUUGUUUAAAAAUGGCUUGUUAAGAAAUAAUGUGCCAUCUAAGUUUAGAGUAGGAAUGAAAUUGGAAGCAAUAGAUCCUUUAAAUUUAUCUACAAUAUGUGUUGCAACAGUGAUGCAAGUACUGCGUUAUGGUUAUAUCAUGAUAAAAAUUGAUAAUUAUGCUGCAGAUCCCACAGGUGCUGAUUGGUUUUGUUACCAUGAAAGUUCACCUUGCAUAUUUCCAGUUGGAUUCUGUGCGGCCAAUAAUAUAUUACUCACACCUCCAUAUCUUUAUAAUGCUCAUACAUUUUCUUGGGAUCUGUAUUUACAAGAAACUGGGAAUUUAGCAGCUUAUGAAAGGCUAUUUGAUUUAGGAAUACCCGAACAUGGCUUUAUAGAGGGCAUGAAGUUGGAGUGUGCUGAUUUAAUGGAUCCUAGAUUAGUAUGUGUUGCAACGAUAGCUAGAGUUGUUGGUCGUUUGUUAAAAGUUCAAUUUGAUGGUUGGGAUGCUGAAUAUGAUCAAUGGCUAGAUUGUGAAAGCCCUGAUAUAUAUCCUGUAGGAUGGUGCGUUAUGGUGGGUCAUAAAUUGGAAGGUCCACAUGUUCCUCAGAAGCAGACAAGUAUUCAUAAAAUUUCUCCUAAGGGCAACAAGAAAAAAACUGGAAGAAAAAAGAAAACGAAACCGGAAACUAAUUUGAACAAAUCCAUGCCUGCAGGUGCAAGCAAUACAUCAAAAUCUAUAAAUGCUUUGAAAAACAAUUCUUUGAGAAUUUCUAAUAAUAAGGAUUAUACAGCAAAUCAAUCUGAAAGUUGCCAUCGUAGAUUAUCUUCAAAAUUUGAAAAUGCAGAUUUGGACAAGUCAAUUCUUGUGGAAGAAACAGCAGUGAAGGAGCCUGAGGCAGCUCCAGAGCCAAUAGGUCCUGAUCAAAAUUUGCCAGUUUCAUCAGAGCCUCAAAUAGCUCCACCAUCUGAGAGAAAAGCAACGAGUUACAUUAAUAAUACUGGAUGUAGCAGCAAUAAAUUAAUUCCAAGACUUGUUGAUUCAGCUGGUUUUGGAGAUUUGACUGGCGAAUUGGAUCCUAAACAGUGGAAUGUUUUUGAUGUUGCACAAUUUUUAAGGGUGAAUGAUUGUGCAACUUACUGUGACACAUUUAGUAAAAAUAAAAUUGAUGGAACUGCAAUGCUCGAUUUAACCAAAGAUGAAAUAAUACUUUUACUCGGGAUGAAGGUUGGACCUUCAUUAAAAAUAUUUGAUCUAAUACAGCAACUUAAAUGUAAAAUAAAUCCAGCACAAUCAAGACUACUAAAAGCUACAUUAAAUAAUAAGUUUUUAUAGCAUCCUAUUUUUUAUAUGAAACAAU